GGAGGAAGACGGCCGGGUCGCGGAAGGUCUCCAGGUAGAAGCCGCCGUCGGGGUGGCGCUGCAGAUCCAGCGCGGCGACGAUCUCCGACGCCGUCUUCUUCUCCUCCGGGCUCGAGAACGCCAUGGAUUCUCGGCCGUUGAUCUGAGACGAGGCUGAGGAAUCAACGGUCAGGAUUUGUCCAGAACGUCACAAGAGACCCGGCUCGGUCGGGGGCUCUAUCCACACGGAGACCAGAACCCACCCGACGGGACCAAUCCACCACCACGGCCCCCCACGCGGCCACGCCGCCUCGCUCGCCACCGGCGACCAUGUCCCUGACCGCCGUCUUCGUCUUCCUCCUCGUCUCUGCGCUGCAGAUGCUCGACGGCGUCCUCGAUCUCGCCAGAAAGAGGGGAUCGUUUACUGAUGAACAUCUCAAACUACGGCUGGAGAUCACGCAACUUCUCAAGGAUGCUAGUGCUUUGUCCACGCCUUCAACGUUUGCGCAAGCGGCAAAGCUCAGGAGGCUGGCUGCUGCUAAAGAGAAGGAGCUGGCAAAAAUACAAGUGCUGAACAUUAAAGGAAACCAGUCUUUAUAUGACCAAUAUGGAAGAGUUCUGCUAAUCACCAAGGUUCUAAUCUAUGGUGUGCUCAUUUUGUGGUUUUGGAGAACUUCUGUAACUACUGUUCCCCAGCAUCUUCUGCAGCCCUUCGGAAGAAUGUUUUCCUGGAGAGGUGUAGAUGCUGCUACAGGUCGUGUUGUGGUUGGAAUUCUUCCAUGGCUAUUUUUGACCUUUCCUGUCAGCAAGCUGCUGAGUCAAAAACUUGCACCCAUAUUUCUGCAUCCUUAGCUAUUUUUUAUAACUUAUUAUUUCUUCUCGUGUUUUGAUUUCACAAUUUUGUAUAGCCCCUCUCUGUAUCCAUAUGUGUGCACUUUGGCAACAGCAGUAUUGCUUCCUGCAUUGUCAUUUGCUGUAAAAUUUUGUUGUUCUUAUGCCCAUAUGUGAUACGCCAUAAAGUGUUUAUUGUAAUUGCAGCUGAAAAAGAUACCAUUAUAUGUUUAAUGUUAUAAUAUAGGCACAUUAUAAGACUAUAUGUGUGAA